AUGUUACGUCAAACAUUCCAGGACCGACGAUAUGCAGGCAAUAGACAAAAUGGUGGAAACGAAUGGAGCUGGAAUCGAGGAGAACAAUUUAUGGAAGCGCAGAAUAAAGAUUUCACACAAUCUUCAUGGUCCUCAAACAAAGGAGACGGCGGAACGUCAAAGGAAAGAUCUGACUCUAAGACAAGUAGAGGCAACUCUUGGAAUUCGCAAUCUUGGUCUUCAAAUGAGGGAAGUGACAUGGGGUGGAGCAGUGAACCACAAGGCAAUAACAAAGGCAGUGACUAUCCCGAUGAGGGAGGCAGCUCCGGAGGAAAUCUGGAAACUCUUCUGAGAGGAGUUCCUGGAAUGGACUUCCCAGAUUAUCUGACAGUGCCAAACACUGAUUUCGACUGCAGCAGAAUGCCGACGAGAGGAUACUAUGGCGAUGUAGACGCAGGCUGCCAGGUGUUCCACAUCUGUCAGCCAGGAAACCGCAAAGAUUCGUUCCUUUGUCCUAUCGGGACCAUCUUCAACCAAAAGUAUUUUGUUUGCGAUUGGUGGUACAAUGUCAACUGUUCUGAUACUCCAUCAUACUAUGACUUAAAUGCAGAGGUGUAUAAAGAAGUUUCCAUGACAACUGAAGGUAUUUCGAGCACGACAGAGAAAUCAUUGCCCUGGAAUCCACAAGAUUUAGAUAAGAAAAGACCGACAAAAAGUUGGGGAAAUCAAGGAUCAACAGGAAAGCAAAACACACGAAAGCAAGACACGCCCACCAGACGAGGCAAGUCUGACUCGGGAUCGAGUCGAGAAGUCGUCAGCAGUACAUGGAGUCAGUCUGACAUCCAAAAAGAAGUGACCCACUCCUGGAGCACGUCGAGUGGCAGCACGUCCGGCAACUACGGAAGCCCCUCUUUGUCCUCCAACGCUGUUGUACCGACAGUCAAGCCGAUCUGGUAUGGAAUUGAUGGACAACCAGCAAAAGAUCAGUCCAAUGGAAUGAAAAAGAGAAAUGGUUUGGUGCAUUCGUCUGCACCAUUCGGAACGAGGAUGAAAUCAACCCCAAUGGCUACCGCUGGCACUUGGACUCCAGCAGAAGUACACCAGCCCACACCAUCACCUAUACGGAACAACGGUUUUCAACCAACACCAGCAACAAGAGCCUGGUUGAAGGUGGACGACAUCCCAGAAACUUCUAUCGUCCCAACAGGUGUGAAAGGAGUAUGGGAGCAGGAAACCACCAGACGAUCUGAGCAAGGUUCACAUACCAGAACGACUAGCACAAAUCGCAAACUAUCUGUUGCUAGUCAAGAAAACCGAGUUGUAAACAAAAAACAGCAAUCUCUAGAUUCGUCUAAAUUUUGGGGACAACGACAAAAGUUUCACGCGUCGCAUGUCACAAAUUAA